AUGGCACCAAAGCAACGCACACCCGGCACCGUAGACACGCCCUCGGCACCUGCACAAGCAGCAUCCUCGCGCCCCAGCAAGCCAAACACGACCAACAACACGAGCGCCGCAGCAAUCACACAGGGAAUAUGGGAUAAAUACGUGACCAAGACUCCGCAGCGAACAAAGCUCCUCGACAUCUUCCUCGCCUUCCUCGUCGUAGUCGGCGCCCUGCAAUUCGCAUACGUAGUCGUUGUUGGAAACUUUCCAUUCAAUGCUUUCCUAUCCGGCUUCAGCGCAACAGUCGGCCAAUUCGUGCUCACGGCUUCGCUGCGCAUCCAGACAAACUUGGAGAACAAGGAACAUUUUGCGAGUAUCUCGCAUGAGCGUGCGUUUGCGGAUUUCGUGCUAGGGAGUCUAUUGUUGCACUUUUUCUGUGUCAACUUUAUUAACUAA